GCAGCUCAUACAGUAGCAUCAACAUCAGCACUUCCACAACCUUCUCUGGUACUGCUGCCUUCUACACUGUGUGCUGUACCAUCAGCCUCUGCAUGGAAGCCUGAACUGGUGCUGAUGGAGAAAUCAGAACUGAGACACUUGUGCAUCCCAGAGGUUUAUAGCACUGAAGGAGUCAGAAUCCACCCCUCUUACCAACAUUGGCAGCUGUGUCAGCACCAAGACAUCAAACUUCCUUGGCACUAAUGAUGCCCAUAGCCCUAUCCUCUACUUUGAAGGACCUGGCUCCUCCAGUGGAACCGGACUAUGCCUCAUUGAAAAUGUCUGAUGAUGAUAGUCUCAAACAUAUGCUCACCUCAAAAGUGUCCACAACAUCAUCAUAUAUGGACUGAGACCUUACACUAGAGCUAGGUAUUGGGACAUUCUGUUAUUAGAAAAAAGGCAUUGAUUUCUUAGACUCUAGGCACUGGGACCAUAUCAACCAGUUCCAGCAUGGUCACUGGGGCCUGUGAUACUUCCAGAGCAGAACUGAGCAAUACAAGAGACUGUCUACUUCAGCAUCCAGAGCUGACCCUGUGCCUCUGCAACCCCUGUUCAAGACCUCUCCUCUUCAACACCAAGAGGAAGAACCUGAGAAGAUAGCACCCAUUUCCACAGGCCAUAUCCUUAUCUUUCCCAGAUGAGGCAGUCAUCUCUCCAGGUGCCCUUCAGGUGAUUUCAGUGGCUUCUAGAAGAUUCUUAAGAAGGUGGUGAAAGCUCUCAGAAUAUCCAUGGAAGAAGUCCAGGAACAAACCAAUAAGUUUGUGGAUCUACUCCAGUCCUCCACACAAGAGAAGAUAAGACUCCCUUAGUUGAAUUGAUAUGAGAAAUGAGUGUUGGACGCAGAAGACUAAGGCUGCUGGGAAUUCUGAUGAUGGUAAACUUUUUUAUUUAUGUGAUUGUGGAAGUCUCCAAAAGUGGUGGUCAAGAGAAGAAUACAAAAGGACAGGUUAUAAUACCCAGCAGCAAAUUCUGGAGGAAAUACACUCCUCACAAGGCCUAUUGGAACAAACAGCAACAGAAGCUGGAACUCUUGUACAACCCCAUUUUGACCUUGCUUUCCAAUAUGACUGUGGAAGAAACCUUAAUUUCUAAUACUAGUUUUCUGAUUUCCUGUGACCCCGAUCCAUCAGUAACUUCAGAGGUUAAUGACUUUGCAAAGUUGCCAGACAGAUUUAAAGACUUCCUGCUUUAUUUAAGAUGUAGAAAUUAUUCAUUAUUAGUGGAUCAACCAAACAAGUGCAAACAUAAACCUUUCCUGCUGCUGGCUAUCAAGUCACUUAUACCACAUUUUGAUAGAAGGCAAGCAAUUAGGGAAUCUUGGGGUAAAGAAAUAAAAUCAGGGGAUGUAACAGUUGUAAGGGUCUUUUUGUUGGGACAGACCCCUCCAGAAGAUAACUUUCCUGACCUUUCAGACAUGUUGAAAUUUGAGAGUCAAACCCACCAAGACAUUCUUCUUUGGAACUACAGAGACACUUUCUUCAACUUGACUCUGAAAGAGGUGCUGUUUCUUAAAUGGGUCAGCAGCACGUGUCCAGAUGCCCAGUUUAUUUUUAAGGGGGAUGAUGAUGUUUUUGUGAAUACCCAUCAGAUCCUGGAUUACUUGAAGAGUUUAUCAAAGGACAAAGCCAAAGACUUAUUUAUAGGUGAUGUGAUCAAAGAUGCUGGACCUCAUCGAGAAAAAAAAUUAAAGUACUACAUUCCAGAAAGUGUUUAUGAAGGUUCUUAUCCUCCAUAUGCAGGAGGUGGUGGGUUUCUGUACUCUGGUGAUCUGGCAUUAAGACUGAACAAUGCAUCUGACCAGGUCCUCCUCUAUCCUAUUGAUGACGUUUAUACUGGAAUGUGCCUUCAGAAACUUGGGCUUGCUCCGGAAAAACACAAAGGCUUCAAAACAUUUGAUAUUGAAGAGAAACACAGGAAUAACAUAUGUUCCUACACAAACUUAAUGUUAGUACAUAGCAGAAAACCUCAAGAAAUGAUUAAGAUUUGGACACGCUUGCAGGAUCCACACUUAAAUUGUUAAAUGUUUAAAGUAACAUGCAUAAGUGUCUUCAAUUUAUUUUCCAAGAUUGGGUCUAAUUUCUUCACUGACCCAUUAAAACUCCUCUUUGUUUUCUCUUAAUGGUUUUUAAAGUUACUUACCUUAAAAAUCAUUAGCUAGAAACAUUUGUCCAGUACUUCUAAAAGUAAAAAUAAUACUAGAAUAACAAAUUUUUGAGAGUAUGGCAUGAAGACUUAAUCCUAAUCUUUCCACUGUCCUAGCGGUUAUUAUGUUUUAAUAUUUCAUCUACAAAUUUUAAAAUAGACUUCAGAAGUUAUAACUAAUAAUUCUUCAUUGAUUCAUGGUUAGCUGUCACCAUAAUGUUGAAAGCAUGGAUUGCCCACUUUUCAUUGCUAGUGCAUCUUAUUUUAAUUGUGGUGGUAGAAACUGUAAACACUGACUUUUUUUUUUUUCCUGAGAAAACCUGUCUGUGUGAAAUAGCAUUUGUAACUUAAAAAUUCAGAAAUUGGGGAAGUCUAAUUUUUACACAAAGUAAAAAAAAACUUUAGAAAUUACACUAAUUAUUGAAAGGGUUUUUUGAUUUCGUAACUCUUCCUCUAUCCUAUGCUACUCCUGAACAGUAUUCUCUCAUUCAAAUGUGAUCUGCUGUGCAAAAUAUGUCUGUCUGUAUCUGAAAGGAUACUAAAUCUCUACCUUUUUUUUUAUGAUACUUUAUAUCUUAUAAAAUCACAAUAUAAUUUCAAAUGGGAUAACAUUUAAGAGCUGGACAUGUAUGGGAGAGGAUAGCUUUUAUGUUGGACUUUGCAAAUAGGCAGAUUUUUGUCUUGAAUUUCAGUUAAGCUUUACAAAUCAAAGUUCUUCUGUCACUCAUUUUAUUUACAUGAAAGGCUGCUCUGGCCGUUCCUCGUUUUCUGUAUUGGUGUUAAAAACAAUCAUCAGGUAGCUUGAUUUGAUAUGGAUAACUGAAGUCUGAAAUUGCACAUCACUCAGGAAAGCUUGGUUUGGAUCUCUUCUAUAAACUGAUGAUAAACUUAGAACAGUGUACAUCAUAAACGUUUCAAAUUUUGAAAGUGAGAUUUGGAAAUUGCAUGAAGUGUCAUACAACAUGUUUCUCAAAACUCCAGAAAUCUUUUCUUGCCAUAUUUCCACAUGUUGCUUAUAUGAGAAUUUGUUCUAAGUAGUGAUCCCUUCUGUGUGUGUGUGUAUGUAGGAGUGCCUGUCUAUUUAUUGUUCAGAUUGAAGACCAAAACAUUUUCUUAAAUAUAUUUGUGUAACAUUUUAUUUGUAUACAUUGUUGUCAGUCAAAUAUUUAAAUAGAGCAUGAUAUUUUAAAUCUGUUGAUGUAAUGUGUUAAAUACAGUUAAUUGUUUUUGAAUUUGAAAAAUAAAAUUGUGAUUUAAGUUGUU